AGGCCGCGCUCGCGCCCCACGCGGAACCCGCGGCUCAGACCGGCCCCGGCGUCCCGACUCGCCUGGAACCCGAGGCCGGACCGGCCGCUGCGCCACCGACGCCGCCCAGGGCCUGUGAGGGACGCGCGCCCCGGAGCCCCCGCCGUGGGCACCAUGGGCGCUGCCCAGUCCGCGUCCGAGGAGAUCCGGGAGCUCGUGGGCAAGACCGGCUUCUCAUCGGACCAGAUCGAGCAGCUCCGCCGGAGGUUUAAGCAGCUGAGCGGAGACCAGCCCACCAUUCGCAAGGAGCACUUCAACAAUGUCCCUGACCUGGAGCUCAACCCGAUCCGAUCCAAAAUCGUCCGUGCCUUCUUCGAUAACCGGAACCUGCGCAAGGGGCCCAGCGGCCUGGCCGACGAGAUCAACUUUGAGGACUUCCUCACCAUCAUGGCCUACUUCCAGCCCAUCGACGUCACCAUGGACGAGGAGCAGGUGCAGCUGUGCCGGAAAGAGAAGCUGCGAUUUCUGUUCCACAUGUAUGACUCGGACAGCGACGGCCGCAUCACCCUGGAGGAAUAUCGAAAUGUGGUGGAGGAGCUGCUCUCGGGGAACCCGCACAUCGAGAAGGACUCGGCCCGCUCCAUCGCCGACGGGGCCAUGAUGGAGGCGGCCAGUGUCUGCAUGGGGCAGAUGGAGCCUGACCAGGUGUACGAGGGCAUCACCUUCGACGACUUCCUGAAGAUCUGGCAGGGGAUCGACAUCGAGACCAAGAUGCACGUCCGCUUCCUUAACAUGGAGACCAUGGCCCUCUGCCACUGAGCGCUCCCCGCGGAGACCGUACUUUGCACCGAGCAGCCCCCCGAGGCCGAGCAGCCCCCGAGGCCGAGCAGCCGGCCGGGGCCUGCGGCCGCAGCUCAUCCCGCCCCCGGGACAGGGCAUGGUGUGUGGGACUUUACUGUUUUUAUCUCCAAUAAAAAAGGAACAGGGUUUGUUAAUGAA